GAUGACUAAUCACUAGACAUGAAUAUUUCCGUUUUCUAUUUUUGUUGAAGCAACUAUCUAUGCUGUCAAAAAAUCUUGAGUGGAUCUUUGAAAUUUCUUAUAUUCUUACAAUUCAGGUUUUCCAAAGACGGAUGGAUGGUUCUGUAAACUUUACCCGUACUUGGAGCGAAUAUAAAAACGGAUUUGGGAAUCUAUCAACUGAAUUUUGGCUUGGGAACAAAUACCUGUACAGAAUUCUACGUCAAGGAAAUUACCAACUUAGAAUGGAUAUGAGAGACUUUGAAGGAAAUUCAACAUUUGUCAAAUACAAGAGCGUUAGUAUCGGCGACAAAAGAUCUAGAUACAGAAUGAAUAUAUCUGGAUACUCAGGAAAUGCAGGAGAUUGCUUAACCGCGGGAUACACAAUUCACGAUAUGAAGUUCUCAACAUGGGAUAGGGAUAACGAUAAUUAUAACGGAAGCUGUGCUGCACUGUAUAAAGGCGGAUGGUGGUACAACAAUUGCCAUGCUUGUAAUCCAAAUGGACUGUAUCUUCCUGGAGAAAAUAGGCAAUAUGCACAGGGGAUCACUUGUGAUGCCUGGAGAGGUCAUUAUUACUCUCUCAAAGAGAUUGAAAUCAUGGUCAGGAGAACGAAAUGACGUUGACGACGUGGGGAAAUGUUCACUAAACACUGUUUUUUGAAUUUGUGAUAUUAGAACGUUAAGCAUUCGAUAAUCAAUGAAUUAUAUUAUCGUGCUGGCUGAUUUUAAAAUAAAAUAUGCUGAUAUUUAUGUGCAGGUGUAUUAACAUGGAAUGAAUUUCUUUUUAAGAGAUACAUUGAUGUAGUGUUAUGCCACAAUGAAUGAAUUGUGUUCUAUGUAUAAUUGACCCACAGAACGUAUAUUUUCCGUAUGAACUGGGCACAUUAGCUACAGGAUGUUUUGACCUAAAACAUUGAAAUUGUUCUUUCCUAGAUCCACGCAUAUUCUUGUAUCUUCGCUCUGUUUGGGAUCCUUUCAUAUCCCCCAUUUCAAAUGUUUAUAUUUCAUUUCCAUUCUGAUGUGCAUUAACAAUUACUAUACAUUUGAAAUUU